AUGAGGAAGCAGAGCGUGCGCACCGCCGCGCUCAUCCUGUGCAUCCUGUCCUACCUGCUGGUGGGCGCCGCCGUCUUCGACGCGCUCGAGUCCGAGGCGGAGAGCGGCCGCAAGCGGCUGCUGGCCCAGAAGCGGAGCGAGUUGCGGAGGAAGUACGGCUUCUCGACCGAGGAUUACCGCGAGCUGGAGCGCCUGGCGCGGCAAGCCGAGCCGCACCGCGCCGGCCGCCAGUGGAAGUUCGCCGGCUCCUUCUACUUCGCCAUCACCGUCAUCACCACCAUCGGGUACGGUCACGCCGCGCCGGGCACGGACUCGGGCAAGGUCUUCUGCAUGUUCUAUGCGCUCCUGGGCAUCCCCCUGACGCUGGUCACCUUCCAGAGCCUGGGUGAGCGGCUGAACGCGCUGAUGCGGCGCCUCCUGCUGGCGGCCAAGCGCUGCCUGGGCCUGCGGCGGCCGCACGUGUCCACCGAGAAUAUGGUGGUGGCCGGGCUGCUGGUGUGCGCGGCCACCCUGGCCCUCGGGGCCGCCGCCUUCGCGCAUUUCGAGGGCUGGACCUUCUUCCACGCCUACUACUACUGCUUCAUCACCCUCACCACCAUCGGCUUUGGCGACUUCGUGGCGCUGCAGAACGACGAGGCGCUGCAGAGGAAGCCGCCCUACGUGGUCUUCAGCUUCCUCUACAUCCUCCUGGGGCUCACGGUCAUCGGCGCUUUCCUCAACCUGGUGGUCCUGCGUUUCCUGGCGGCCAGCGCGGACGCGCCCGAGCGUGCUGCCCGCCCGCUCCGCCGGGGGGCGCCCGAGAGCCGAGGCCCCGCCCUGCCCCGCCACCCCGCCCACCCCGCCGGCUCCACCUCCAUCUCCUACCGCAUCCACCAGCUGGAGUUGCGGGCCCGCGACAAUCUGGGCUUCUCGCCCCCCGCGAGCCCUGGGGCUGGAGGCGGCGGCGGCGGCGGCGGCGGCUGCAGGGCAGGCAGGGCCCUGGCCCGGCGUAAGUCCAUCUGA